AUUUUAAUCGGUUUGCGCACACCCAGGAGGAGCGGAGCAAGAGAAGAGAAUGUCUGCGGAGGAGAUACCGGACGAGCUAUGGAGGAAGGUACUAGAGAUUGGCGUAAAGUCAUCGACUUUCUCCCACAAAGAUCUCUGCUGCAUCUCCAUCUCCUCUCGCCGUCUCUGCCGACUAUCCUCCGAAGAUUGCCUCUGGAACUUUCUGCUCGCCAUUGAUUUCCCCACCCACACCGACUCUACUUCUUCUUCUUCCUCUUCUGAAUCUCCGACCAAGUUUAUCUACAGGACAAGGUUUGAGAGGGAGAAGGAGAGGAGGUUAGCUGCUCAUAGAAGAUCUCUGCUGAGGAAGGAUAGCGAGAUUUCGGAGUGGGGCAGGAGGAUUCGUGAAUUGGAGACUCGGUUAUCUGAGGAGGCAGAGAGGUUGCAGGCUGCUUCUGUUGAGUUCUCAAAUCUGCAGAGAGUCAGGCAAGCAUCAGUAGCUUUGAACGUUUGGCAGCCAGAGGUUGUUCGCGGCAGACAGAAACAGAUGGUUGAGCAAAACGCUGUUCCUGUGGAGGGACGGUUGCGUGCGCUUGAGAUGGAGAUUAAGUUAUGCAAACAGCAAAUCACCGGCGUGAACAGGGCACGUAGGGAGGUGAAGCAACGAUUUGACAUGGCUAGGAAAGAGCUGGAAUCCAUGAAGUAUCAUCCUUUACGAGAUUAUAAGUCUAUACGUAGUGGAGACCAAGAAAGUAGUGCCAAGAGGAAGAAGUUGAAAACGAGCAUUAACUCAGUUCCGGCUAAAAACCCACCAAGACCCAGUAACAAAAAGAAGCUGUUACAUUCAGAAUCAGAAUGAUGAUUGGCUGAACCAUUCAGCAAGACCCAGAGACAAAAAGAUGCUGUGUGUGACGUGACACUCAGAAUCAGAAUGAUGGUUGGCUGAACCAUUCCACAGAGAGACAGAUAGAGAACGCUGUGAGUUGUUGUUGUAUUAUUACCAUUUGUUGUUUCUUUUCCAAUUUGAAGUUUUAGGAAGAACGUUGAAAUCUUGUUACAGAAGUGAAUGUUGUGGUCGAGUCUGUAACUUUGGUUGAUCCAAUAUCAUGAAUAAAAUUUAUUUGUUGAAAAUGAA